AUGACACCCCUAGACCAAGAAGAGCCCUGGGGCUUCCGAUGGCGAUCAUCCCCAUACUUCAUUGUCACGGUCAUGGCGGUGGCCUUGCUUACGGAUGAGUAUCUGUAUGGGUUCCUUGUUCCCAUCUUCCCCUUUGUCGUGGAGACUCGUUUGGGUAUUGAUGCGUCGCUCACCCAGCGGAUCAGCCUUGCGCUGCUUUCCGAGAGUGCGCUGGUCAGUGUUAUAGCAAGUCCAGUGAUCGGACACUAUGCUGAUCGCUCCUCUGAGAAACGAGCCUGGCUAUUGUCUGGACUUGCGGGUGCCUUGCUGGGCUCUUUGAUUCUUGCUUUGGCCACCUCUUUAUUCGCUCUCUUUGCGGGGCGGCUGAUGCAAGCAUUGGGAAGUGCAUGUGUUUGGGUUAUAGGCUUCGCAACCAUCGCCGAUCAUGUCCCUGCAGAUGAUCUGGGUAAAGUAUAUGGUUUCGUGGCUAUUGCCAUUUCCGUUGGCACAUCCGGUGGUCCGCUUGUAGCUGGAAUUCUUUUUGACCUCGGUGGCUAUUGGACUGCCUGGUCUAGUGUCCUCGUGGUUAUUGUAUUUGAUAUCGUUCUUCGGAUUCUCAUGCUAGAGAAGACACAACGUGAUCCAGUUCAGGCAAAGGCUGGCAACGACACAGAGAGGGAUGCACUCAUUCCACCACCAUCGACGAACUCGGGCGAUCGCGCAGAACAGCAAUCCGUGAAGGAGAAGACAGGGCACGAAUUCUACCUUUGUUUGUUUGGCAACGGUCGCUUCCUCGGUGGAGUCGUCAGCUAUUUCUGCUUCGCCAUUCUAACCACCAGCUUCGACACGACUCUCCCGCUUCAUGUGCGCGAUGUAUUCCACUGGAAGAGUCUCCCAGCUGGUCUCUUGUUUGCCGCUUUUCAGGGUCCUGCUGUGUUCCUUGCUGUUCCUGUAGGCUGGCUGAAGGAUAAAGUGGGCACUCGACACCCAACAACGAUUGGCUUUGUUCUCCUUGUUCCUAUCUUGUGGAUGAUCGGAGUACCGGGAGACGAGCGCUUCCCAUGGGCAAAUCAAGGCAACCUGGGCCAAACUUUAUACAGCGUUGCGGUUACCUGUGCCGGGGUCGUAAUCUGUCUGUUGAACGGGGUAGGGAUGAUGGAAGCCGCUCAGGCCGUUGAUGAGAUCCAAGACGCGACUCCUGGGAUCUUUGGGCCCAAUGGAGGAUAUUCUAGAGCAAUCUCUGUUGUCAGCGUCAGUUGGACUCUGGGGAUGUUCUUCGGCCCCAUACUAUCGGGAUAUGCCACGGAGCAAAUCGGAUACUAUGAGAUGAACUGUUUGUUAGGUUUGUCGGCCCCUGUCAAAAUCCUUCAGCCUAUGUCGGCGCUAAUCAAACCCAGCGGGGAUGUGUGCCUUAUGCUCUGUGGUCGCCUUCUGGAACCUGAAGUCUGUGCCCCAACGACUUGCAAGUAA